AUGAAGGACAUGCCACUCCGAAUUCAUGUGCUACUUGGCCUCGCUAUCACUACACUAGUACAAGCUGUAGAUAAAAAAGCGGAUUGCCCACAAUUAUGUACAUGUGAAAUCAGGCCUUGGUUUACACCCAGAUCCAUUUAUAUGGAAGCAUCUACAGUGGAUUGUAAUGAUUUAGGUCUUUCGAGUUUCCCAGCCAGAUUGCCUGCUGACACACAGAUUCUGCUCCUACAGACUAACAAUAUUGCAAAAAUUGAAUACUCCAUAGACUUUCCAGUAAACCUUACUGGCCUGGACUUAUCUCAAAACAAUUUAUCCUCAGUCACCAAUAUUAAUGUAAAAAAGAUGCCUCAGCUUCUUUCUGUGUAUUUAGAGGAAAACAAACUAACUGACUUGCCUGAAAAAUGUCUGUCUGGACUGAGCAACUUACAAGAACUCUAUAUUAAUCACAACUUGCUUUCUACAAUUUCACCCGGAGCCUUUAUUGGCCUACAUAAUCUUCUUCGACUUCAUCUCAACUCAAAUAGAUUGCAGAUGAUCAACAGUAAGUGGUUUGAUGCUCUUCCCAAUCUGGAGAUUCUGAUGAUUGGGGAAAAUCCAAUCAUCAGAAUCAAAGACAUGAACUUUAAGCCGCUUAUCAAUCUUCGCAGCCUGGUUAUAGCUGGUAUAAACCUCACGGAAAUACCAGAUAAUGCCUUGGUUGGACUUGAAAACUUAGAAAGCAUCUCUUUUUACGACAACAGGCUUAUUAAAGUGCCCCAUGUUGCUCUCCAAAAAGCUAUAAACCUCAAAUUCCUGGAUCUAAAUAAAAAUCCCAUUAAUAGAAUACGGAGGGGUGAUUUCAGCAAUAUGCUACACUUAAAAGAGUUGGGAAUAAAUAAUAUGCCUGAGCUGAUUUCCAUCGACAGUCUUGCAGUGGAUAACCUGCCAGAUUUAAGAAAAAUAGAAGCUACAAACAACCCCAGGUUGUCUUACAUUCACCCAAAUGCAUUUUUCAGACUACCCAAGCUGGAAUCACUCAUGCUUAACAGCAAUGCCCUUAGUGCCCUGUACCAUGGUACAAUUGAGUCUCUGCCAAACCUCAAGGAGAUCAGCAUACACAGCAAUCCUAUCAGGUGUGAUUGUGUCAUCCGCUGGAUUAAUAUGAACAAAACCAACAUUCGAUUUAUGGAGCCAGACUCACUGUUUUGUGUGGACCCACCUGAAUUCCAAGGACAAAAUGUUCGGCAGGUGCAUUUCAGAGAAAUGAUGGAAAUAUGUCUCCCUCUUAUAGCUCCUGAGAGCUUUCCUUCUAAUCUGGAUUUAGACACUGGGAGCUAUGUUUCCUUGCAUUGUAGAGCUACUGCAGAGCCACAGCCUGAAAUCUACUGGAUAACACCUUCUGGUCAAAAACUCUUACCUAAUACUCUGAAAGACAAGUUCUAUGUCCAUUCUGAAGGCACACUAGAUAUAAAUGACAUAACCCCAACAGAAGGGGGUUUAUAUACUUGUAUAGCAACUAACCUUGUUGGUGCUGACUUGAAGUCUGUUAUGAUCAAAGUGGAUGGUUCUUUUCCCCAGGAUAACAAUGAAUCCUUAAAUAUUAAAAUAAAAGAUGUUCAGGCCAAUUCAGUUCUGGUGUCUUGGAAAGCAAGUUCUAAAAUUCUCAAAUCCAGUGUUAAGUGGACAGCCUUUGUCAAGACUGAAAAUGCUCAUGCUGCCCAAAGUGCUCGAAUACCAUCUGAUGUCAAGGUAUAUAAUCUUACUCAUCUGAACCCAUCAACUGAGUAUAAAAUUUGUAUUGAUAUCCCCACCAUCUAUCAAAAAACCAGAAAACAAUGUGUAAAUGUCACCACAAAAGGUUUGGACCCUGAUCAAAAAGAAUAUGAAAAGAGUAACACCACCACAUUUAUGGCCUGCCUUGGAGGCUUUCUGGGGAUUAUUGGUGUGAUAUAUCUUUUCAGUUGCCUCUCCCAAGACAUGAACUGUGAUGGUGGACAUAGCUAUGUGAGGAAUUACUUACAGAAACCAACCUUUGCAUUCAGUGAGCUUUAUCCUCCUCUAAUCAACCUCUGGGAAGCAGGCAAAGAAAAAAGUACAGCACUGGAAGUGAAAGCAACUGUUAUAGGUGUGCCAACAAAUAUGUCCUAA